UCCAUGCCGAUUGACGCUGGCCAACAACAACCGCCACCUUUAUUACGUCAAAUAAAAAUUGAACCCGAACCCGACAACAAAAAUUUAUUGUCACCAAUUUCAUCUAGUUCCUCCCUUUCAAAUAAUUAUUUUAUAGAAUCCCCACCAAUUAUUGAUACUUCUACACCUGAAAGUUUAGAACGAGAUUUUAACGCUUGGAUGAAGGGUGAAUUGAAGGGCAGAAAGAAUUGUUUUACAACACUAGAGCCAGUCAGUAUGUACCUGAGUCCUUUAAAAGGAGAAUUAGUUAAUAAUACAACAACACAAACAUGCCUACUUCCUUCCUUGAAUGACCGCUACUCCCCUCCACAUUAUUAUACAACACUCCAACCUUUGUUACCUUUAUCCAACGAAGAGAGGCGGUUUUCGCUGCCUUCUUUGAGUUUUAAGACAAACCAAACAUCAGACAUUUGUUGUUUUGCUUUACCAUCCGCAGGACAGAGUCCUUCAAGUUCCACUCAUUCUUCUUCAUCUGAAGGAUCCCCUCAAAUACAAAGAUUAAAUGAAUGCGAACAGUUAAUGCCCUUAAGUGGCUUAUCGACAAACACUUGUGAACCUUCUAUAGAUGCUAUUAAUGUUGGUCAAAUUGAUUCUUCUGCUAGUAGAAGUUCGGGUGUUAAUCAGUUGGGAAGAACAUACUCGCCCGGAUUGCCUUUAUCUAUGAGUGAAAGACAACAAAUUGUAGACCUACACAAAUCGGGAUGGAAAAUCUGUGAUAUCUCCAAAUGUUUGUGUAUUACACAUAGCUGUGUUUCUAAAAUUUUGCAAAGAUACCGAACAACCGGAUCUGUUAGACCAAAGGACGCCAAGGAGGGAAGGCAAGAAAGCCCAUUAGUUGCAGCCAUUAGAGAUUAUAGAACUCGUUUGGGGAUUGUUAGACAAUCUGAGAUUAGAGAACAAUUGAUACGAGAUGGUCUAUGUCGGAGAGAAAACGCCCCUUCACGUUCAUCAAUAAAUCAUAUUUUGCGAACAAAACUUAAUAAUAAUGUUGUUGAUUCUCAUCGACAAAACAACAAAAACAAAUAA